GAGCUGAAGUUCUGUGACAGAGAGAGAGAGAGAGAGAGGAAACAGAGAAAUGGCGGCGCGCGCUGGCCCCUCUCGGUCCCGGUCCCGGAUGGCGGCGGUGCGCGUGCGGUUGUUGUGCGCGCUGGUGUGCGCGCUGUGCGGCGGGGUUCGGGCCGGGCUCUACACGGACUCGGAUCAAGUCGCCAUCUUAACUCCUGAUAAUGUGGAUGCGGUUCUGUUCGAUUCUCCUUCAGCGACGGUGCUGGAGUUCUACGCCUCCUGGUGCGGCCACUGCAUCUCCUUCUCCCCGGUGUGGAAGAAACUGGCUCGGGACGUUAAAGAGUGGAAGACAGCGGUGCAGUUGGCGGUGAUCGAUUGUGCUGAUGAUACCAACAGACAAGUGUGUGUGAGGUUCGGCAUCACAGGAUAUCCAUCUCUAAAGUUUUUCCCAGCGUUCUCCACUAAGGAAUCUACAGGUGAAGAUCUCGGAGGCUUCUCCUCAAGAGUCUCAGGCCUCCGUCACCUCAUUAUUGAUAAACUGGAGUCUCAUAAAAGUCCUGGACCCCCAGCACGUCCUCCACUGGAGAAAACCAGUGCUCCAGAGAUUGACAGUUAUGUGGAGAACAGCAAGGGGCAGUACCUGGCGCUGGUGUUCGAGGAGGACGACUCCUACGUGGGACGAGAGGUGAUCCUGGACCUGCUGCAGUAUGAGAACAUCACGGUGCGGCGUGUAUUACACUCUGAGAAGGAACUCGUGUCUCGACUCAGUGUGACGGAUUUCCCUUCUGUUUACCUUUACACACACACCAACUUUACCCGACUCCCAGUGCUGAGAGAAGCUCGUAUAUUUUACUCCUACGCCCUCCAGAGGUUACCCGGUGUGGUGCGAGCAGGAAAACCUCGUCCUGAUGUGAGCGACUCCAUCAGGCACGAGACGGAGGAGGCGUGGAGACCAUUCAACAAGACGCGUGUGUACAUGUCUGACCUGGAAUCUGCUCUGCAUUACUCUCUCCAGCUGGAAGUGGUGUCUCAUUCCAUCAUUGAAGGAGAAGCUCUUGCUGCUCUCAGAGCUUACAUCUCUGUACUGGACAAGUAUUUCCCAGGCCGGCCUCCAGUGAAGAACGUGUUAAAGGUGGUGAACAAUUGGCUGCAGAAGCAGAACGGAACAUCGAUCAAAUACAGCGACUUCAAAGCAGCUCUGAACACCACGGGCACUGACUCGUACCUUCCUGAAGCUGUGAGGUGGGUGGGGUGUCAGGGUUCGAAGCCACACUAUCGAGGUUAUCCCUGCGCACUGUGGACGCUCUUCCACACGCUGACUGUCCAAGCCUUAGAAAUGGGAAGUAAAGACCCUCCGGUGCUCCAGGCGAUGAGGCGUUACGUCCAUAGCUUUUUCAGCUGUCGUCCUUGUGCAGCUCAUUUUGAGAACAUGGCUCAGGAGAGUAUGGACUCUGUAAGGACACUGAACUUCACCGUUCUCUGGCUCUGGUCUCGCCACAACCACGUCAACGCCCGGCUCGCAGGUGACCUGAGCGAGGAUCCUCACUUCCCCAAAGUCCAGUGGCCUCCUCCGGACCUCUGCCCGGCGUGUCACAGCGUGUUCAACGGAGAGCACACCUGGAACUACGAUGAGGUGUUAACUUUCCUCCGGAAUUAUUACUCCGCCCAGCACCUCUUACAUGACUUCCUGUCUGAUGACCUUGCAAAGCCACUGACAGACAGACGCAAAGCCAGGGAGACGGCACCCGAGCAGGAACUGCAAGCUGGAGAGGAAGUGGAGAUGGUUGAGGAAGUAGAUGGAGCUCCUGAGGAUGAGAGACUGGCAUCGGAGGCUCUGCCUCGUAAACCGAGCAUCGUCGGACUCCGGCUCCGUCAGUUCAGAGAGGACAUUGUGGACCUGGACUCCUUCAUUGUCCAGCACUACAAAGCUAAAGCGCCGCUCACGAGGUGGGACACGGAGGACAAACUGGAGCCACACCUUCAGAACGUAAGGAGGACCAAACGUGAUCUCGCCGCACAGGAGGCAGAAGGGCUAGCACUGGAGAUGGAGGCGGAGCCUGAGCCGUAUGUUCAGUCUCGGAGCGUGCGCUGGAUGUUCGUGCUCUCGCGGCUGGACGUGAGUCUCUGUGUGAUGCUCUACCUGCUCUCCACGCUCUGCAUUGUCGCCAUGUGUCUGUACUUCAGACUGAAACGGCGCCAAUGCAGGACAAAAGUGGCACUGCCGUAACUGAUCCCACCCAAAGAACAGACCCAUGAUGCGCUCGGAUAAAAUAAAUCGCAGGAAAAUGGAUCACUUUGACUGACUGGAUGAAAAUCAUAAUCAACACACAUGAUGUAAUUUCACCGCCAUGCUGAUUUUGUCAGUUAACCUUUUUAGCUAGGCACGGGGGCGGGGCUUCAGAGCAUAGCAUUCCUGAGCCAACACCUAUUGUUAACUAGCUCACUUGCACAGAACGCCAUCGUCAGUGAACGAGGUGCUCGAAAGCUUGGUCUCUCUUUGUCACGGUGACCAAAAUCGAGGAAUCUCUGGACGCGAUCAGAAAAAUUAGUCAUGAUGACGGCUUGGCAACAUUUGUUUAUUUUUCCCUGCGUGCGAUUUGCCAUUAUUUAAAAAUGGUAAUAAAACCUAAAUCAUUCCUGAAUCAUGAUGCGCAUGUCUAUUGGCUGACUUCCUGUUUUAUUGAGUAUUUUGAGCGAGAACUCUUACUAGCGAUAAAGUGCAGAGUUUCUAUGGGAAAAAAAAAAAGCAUAAACAUCAGUUUCUUUAUAAUUUGGAGUAAACAUCACUCAGUAUCGUUUCGGGAUGUAUCGCACAGGUCCAUCAUAUUUAACAGCAGUUUUAUUUUUACGUGCUGUAUAAACAACGCAAAGCAUAAAAAUGUGGUGCAUGCACUUAAUUUCAACAGGAAAUUUACAUAAGCUGUAAAGGUUCCUGUUAUAACGUUAAACAGUAGAGCUACAGGGUUUCCGUGCCGAGCUACCAAAAUAUACGACAGACAACGGGGAAAAACGAUAUUAGCAAAGUUGAAUAAUAAAUGUAACUCUGAGCGGUUCUGCUGAUGUGGCUGACUUUACAGCGUCCUGUGUUCGCUGAUGUUCAAGGAAACGAUGUAAUUGUAAAUUGAUGAUUUUGUUCCAGUGGAAGUUCCUCCUGUCUGCUUGGACGUGAUUUUUGCCCGGAUCUAAAGCACUGAUGUUUCUGAUCCUUCAGCUCUUUUAUUUCUCGCCUCGGCUCGAGUGUUUUAAUAAAUGAUGUGUUCUAACAGGAUUUUACAGAAUCAUACAAUAAAUAAUAAAUACUUGAA